AUGUGGAAGUCCCUCAAGGCCGCUUUCACGCCCUCUGCCUUCGAGCCUGAACUACCACCCGAGCUGCUCCAAACUAUCCAAGUCCACGCCGCGCGCAAAGGAUCCGUCACUUCUGCCGGCAGCGAUGCUUCUUUCCAACCAGAAUUCGACCCACUGGUCGCAUCGGCUUUUGAGCUAGCGGAAAUGUUGAACGCAGGCGUCAUCACCAGCGUAGAAAUCGUAGAGGCCUAUUUGCACCAGAUUGAGCAUCACAACCGGAGGGGAAGACAGCUUAGGGCAUUGAUAAGUGUGGCGCCGAGACAUGAGUUGGUACGCAUUGCGAGAAGGUUAGAUGAUGAGAGGAGUAGGGGGAAGAGGAGAGGACCGUUGCAUGGGAUACCAAUUGUAUUGAAGGACAAUAUCAUGACGGAUGCGAAUUUGGGCAUGGAUACUACUGUUGGCUCGUACGCUUUUGUGGGAUGCAUACCAAAGAGGAACGCUACCAUCGUCGACCGUCUCAUCCGAAGAGGCCUCAUCAUAUUAGGGAAAUCGAAUCUCACGGAGUUCUGUGGGUUGAAGAACCCAUCUAUGCCGCCUGGGUGGUCAGCUGUGGGAGGUCAGUGCCAGUCACCGUAUGUGGCAAGACAUAUUGCGAAAAAGAAGCUACAUUGGGAACUUUCCGCACCUGGAGGCUCAUCUACAGGAUCAGCCGUGAGCGUGGCAUCGGGGUUUAGUGCUCUUGCUAUUGGAACCGAUACACUCGGUUCUCUUAUCACACCUGCGAACCGCGCUGGCUUGUAUGCGCUGAAACCUACGAUCGGUGAAGUUCCCAUGGAUGGCAUUUUUUCACUCAGCAAGAGCUUCGACUCAGCUGGUGGAAUGGCCAAAUCAGCAAAAGACCUCGUCGCCCUCAUGGACGUGAUCCUCUCUCCAACCGGCAAAGAAACGAAAUUCGGUGCUCAAAAACCCACCUACAAGAUUCGCUCCGAUUUUGCGGGCCUCCGCAUCGGCUUCACCGAGCCUACGAUUUGGAGAUCCUGGCGCAAAAGCGGCCGGAUCAACGCCGAUGCCGAGCGCUUCAUGCUGCAGAAAUACGAUAUGGUCGUGCAAUCCCUCAUCGAAAUGGGCGCCGACAUCGUAUACCCAGUAGAACUACCUUCUCAAUCGUCCUUGAACUAUGAGAAUGCGAAUGCUUUCGAGCCCAUCGUAUACUCCGAGUUCAAAGAAUGCCUUACAGAGUUCAUACGGCAGUUCAAGACGACGAAAGUACAUUCCCUCGCCGAGAUUAUAAAUUUUAACACUGAGCAUCCCGAACUCACUCUCCCGCCAAACUGCCCCCACCAAAACGACCUCAUCUCCGCACUGCAAUCGCACACGCCUAAGGAACAUCUAAACCACCUUCGUACGCAUCUGCUUACAGCCGGCGGCCGCGAUGGCCUCGACUUCCUCUUCAACCAGCACCAGCUCGAUAUUCUUAUUGCGCCAGGAGAUUCCGCAUUGUCGACGCUUUCAGCAGCGGCAUCCUACCCCACAGCCGCCUGCCCCCUCUCCGCCCUCAAAUUAAACGGUCAGCCCUUCGGUCUCACUCUAACAUCUCCACCCCACACCGAACACACCCUCUUACACUUCCUCACCGCUUACGAAUCCACCUUCCCCCCUCGCGCGCUACCACUCCCUCUAUCAUCUGUCCCAUUGCAAUCCGCGACCGAGCCUGGCAUCGAUGCUGGCAUCGUGGAAGUCAUUCUCAGGGCAUGGGAUGAGAGGAGGUGGGGAUGUAGUGCGGAUGCGCUGGCGGGGUGGCUGAAUAGAAGGUGGAAGAAGAGCGGGUAUGAGGUUAGUGCCGAGAUGGUUUGUGAGGUGCUGAGGGGGAAUGGAAGGAUGGCGUUUAGGGGGUUGGAUGGGCAGGAAGAUUACAGCAAGGGCAGGAGUUUGGAGGGGAGCUCGAAUGCGAGUUCGAGAUGA